ACAUGUUGUGAUGUAUCUUCAAAAACUGAAUAUAAAAUGAUGAAACACUGUCCUGUGAAGAUUAAAUGAAGAGUUUAUUGUGAACUGUACCUAGAGUAUUGUUAAACUGGAUCUGAAAUCAUGCCUACAGAGCAGUAUAACAAAGAAGCAUCUGUCUUGAGGGAUUUUCGAACUGGAUUAAAAGAGUUCUUCAAUUCAGAACAGUUUACAGAUGUCACUCUUAAAGUAGAAAAUGAAUCAUUCAAGUGCCAUAGGGUAAUCCUGAGUAGCAUGUCACCAUAUUUCAGUCGCAUGUUUUCGGCCGGGAUGAGAGAAAGUACUGAGGAAACUAUUCCGAUUAAUGGCUUCUCUCCAAGUAUUGUCAAAGACUGUCUACUCUUCAUGUACACCUUAGGAGAGGAAAAUUCCCAGUUUGUAAAUACAUGGGAAGAUCUGCUGCAUGCUGCAACCUAUUUUCAGAUUGAAAGUUUGCAAAUGAUCUGUGAAACAGAAAUCAGCACAUCCCAACUUGCUGUCAACUCGGUGUGCAACUAUUAUGAAAUCUCUCAACAGGAUCCAUCUUAUGUCAUGUUAAAGGAGAGCUGUGAAAAAUUUAUCAUGUCAAACUUUGUGGAUUUAGCUUCGAGUGAAGAAUUUAGUGCCCACAGUGUCGAGACUUUCCUGUCUAUUCUUGAAAACAAGGAACUCCAAGUUGAGGAAUAUUGGGUCGGGGUGGCCGUUCUUAACUACCUCACGGCUAGAGCUGGAAAUCUGGAAGAGGAUGAGGUAAAGGAAGUCUUGUCGGUUGUCCACUUUCCAAUGAUCAACAAAGAACAUGUCGUCCAUCUACAGGAUCAGUUUCUAGACCUUAUCAAGCACAAAUACCCGGAGAUGAAAAACGUACAGAAGAGCUUGGAAGAGAUAUUCCAACAGACAGAAAAUUACCACAAUGAUCCUUCCCUCCAGAUAGAACUUAUAUCUGACUUUAGGUCUACAAACAAGGAACUGAAUUUUAUCUCAAUAGGUGCCAGCCGGUCAUUUUUGUCCGAUUCUGAAAAACUGCAAAUAUUUGAUGUGUAUGGAUUUCCUUUAUCCGAGCUUCCAUUUUGCAAAAUUUUCUGCAAUUAUGGAGAGUCGUCCAUAGUUAUGGCAGAUUAUUUUGGGAAUCUGUUUGUAUUUGACUUUCUAGAGUUAAAUCUGCAGAAAAUUGUAGACUGUGAACUGUUGCCUAGAAAACACAUGGGGAUGAUUGCAGUGAAAGACAGUGUCUAUGUUUUCGGAGGCAUCGAUAACGUCACCUGCAAAGCCAGCAACAGAAUUGAUCAAUACUGCUUUGCCGAUAAAUCUUGGAGAAAAUGUGGAGAACUUUUAGAGGGAGUCCAAGAUGCCACAGCUAUCAAUUCCAAUAAUAAAGUUUACAUUUUUGGGGGUUUUAACGACAGUAUGGACAUUCUGUGCCAGAAAUUCCAGUGCUUUGAUCCUUCCACAGGGGAGACAACUCUGAUUCCUUAUAAAUGUAACGACUUAUUUACCAGAGAACACGUGAGAGUUGUGGGCCAGGGUGAGGACAUUUAUGUGAUAAGUUUGGUGGAUGGCAGUAUCCAUCACUUCAACCCACAAACUCUGGAACUAGAUGAAUUCUAUGAAUCGAAUUAUGCCAAAGAAUGCAAAGAUGUUGUCAAAUAUGGAUCCUUGUUGUUAUUUGUGGGAAGUCCACUCGAGCCGGAUGGAGUGCGGGCAUUAGAUGUGAAAAACAAAAUAGAAAUUCCAAGUCCUCACCAGAUAUUUACUCCAUCAGAGUUAUACAGGUGUAUGAAGAUAAUUCAGUGGAAGCCUAUCAGACUUACAAAUGACAAUGAGGAGGAGAGCCUUGCCUCUGGAAGUUACUGUGAACCAUAUGACAGUGUUAAUGAUGACAGUCUUAGUUCCUACUAGACUGAGCUGUAAGAUUCCUAAUUUUGUGAAUAUAAUAUGCAAAGAUUCUCCUUUGUUCAAUCACAAAAUUAAGGAUUCUUUUAUUUUGUGCGACUCUUCAUCAGAAAUAUUAAUAAAGAGGUGAGAAUUUGUGCAUAGAA